AUGAACCAGUCUACUCCUGCCACUGAGCCUACUUCUGUAGCUCAAUCCUCGUCGUCAUACUAUCAAACCCCUGUUGGCGCCCAGGCCUUUGCGAACUUCGGUCAUACCCCUUCUGUGGCUCCCAUCCACUCUCCAUCGACUACCGAAUCGCCUAUGGUUCAUCCCAAUCCAUAUGUUCCUCAGCAGAACAUGGUUACCCAGCCUUUCCCCUCGACUGCUUCUCAACAAAUGCCUCCCCCUCAAGACCCCGUCUCAUCCAUCGCCCAUACUUCGGGAGACCAAAAGCCUGGCCAGCCAUUUACUGCUCCCUUCUUCGAUCCUGCCGACCCUUCACUCUUCAAUUUCGAUAUCUCAAGCCUGAACUUCGGUAAUCAUUAUGGUGCUCUAGAAUUCGGCAUGCUUGGACAUAUGAGUUCUGGUGCCGUCGAGACGCCUGAUACCGAGAACAACAACCUAAUGAACUCGAUACCCUACGAUCCGACCAACUCAAACUACUCAGCCACCUUCCCCUACAGUAAUACAGGCUUUACCGACUGGCAGCGCAACACUGAUGGUACCAGACAGAACAGCUCUGGCCAGGUAUUCUCUAUAACAGGUGACAGCAGUUUUGACGGCCAAAUGAAUUUUCCCAACGCUUUUGCCAUUGGUGAGAAUGGUUCUAUGUCUGGAGCAAGCCCCAGCGCCGCCAACAUGAUGGACUUCGGCACAGGAUACAAUUCGAGUCCUGUCGCCUCGGCGCAACACAUGCUGCACAACUCAAGUCAAGAUUAUGGUCGCCAUCAAUCUCGACCACAGAUCAGAAACAGUCUCUCAACCAAUGACAUACACCAAAUACGGCCAAAUCAACAUAGACGACGACGGGAUCCUUCCGACAUAUACACAUCAGUCACCGCGCCAUAUUCAUACACUACUGGCUUCCACGCCUUGACUGCUUGCCUCCAAAGACUAUACUCACCACAAAAGACCGCACGAAUCGCCAGAGCGCUAGCAGCUAUCCGACCUUCAUUCAUCUCCUGCACAAAACAGUUGAAUGUCGACGACCUGAUAUUCAUGGAGAAGUGUUUCCAGAGGACGCUUUUCGAAUACGACGACUUCUUGACGGCUUAUGGAACGCCGACACUCAUCUUGCGCCGUACUGGUGAAGUUGCUGCUGUCAGUAAGGAGUUUUCGCUACUGACAGGAUGGUCAAGAGACGUCCUGCUCGGCAAGGAAGCAAACUUGAACAUCAACAUCGGCAAUGCAUCAGGCCGCCAGACUGGCACCAGCACUAGAGGUACUGUUACUCCUCGUGCCCAAAGCAGUGCAGACACGGCUGGUCGACUACAGCCAGUCCUCCUUCCUGAGCUCAUGGAAGACGACAACGUCAUCGACUUUUACGAAGACUUUGCAAAGCUUGCCUUUGGUGACUCUCGCGGUGUCAUGAUGAAACCUUGCAAGCUUUUGAAGUACAAGACCAAGGAAGACCCCGGCUGGAGUGCAGACCUACUGGCUGAGCGAGAUAAUAGACACAACAAUGGCAAACCCGUCGGACCGCUUAUCAGUGGCGAAUCAGGAAUGAAUUCGCUCGGUGACCGGGACGGCAAGGUGUCCUGCAUGUUCUGUUGGGUAGUCAAGCGAGACGUCUUUGACAUCCCCAUGAUGAUUGUUAUGAAUGUAAGUCUUCAUAUCCUACAAUCAUAUGCGAAAAACAAUACACUGACUCCAAAAUAG